GUCAUAUAUUUUGACGACGACCGCACGACGUGCUUUAAGUGUGGGGGAAGAACAAAAUGGACUCGCUUGCUUCGCAGUCCUCUGUUAAGUUGGUCGUAAAGACACCAAAUCAACGCGUAAAAGAUAUAGAAGUGAGUUGCCUUUUAGAUUGGACUGUGGCAAGGCUAAAAAAUCAUUUAUCAACCGUCUACCCUACUAAACCGGCUCGAAGCAGUCAAAAAAUCAUCUAUUCCGGCAAACUACUUGAUGACCAUUUCGUGUUAAAGGAUGUUCUAAAAGAGAAUGAAGGACAACAUCAGACUGUGCAUCUUGUUUGCACACCAUCCAGUACUGAUGUUUCAACUAUGAAAAGGACUGCUUCAGUUUCUUCUUCGACUGCUUCAGUUUCUUCUUCGACUGCUUCAACUUCCAACACUCCAACCGGGUCCACGCCAUCUUCAUCUUCAACUGUAACGUCAAAUGCACAAAGUGAAACUGAUGGCUUGAGGCAUCGAGGAAAUCCUAUGGCACAAAAUCCGUAUUACAACAUGUCAUUUGGACAUCCAUUCCAUUCAUCUCUUACUGGUCAACCAAAUAUGAAUCUCAACACUGCUGGCUAUCCUCCCCCCGACAUGACAACUUCCUAUGCACAAUAUUUUGGUUUUAAUCACGUGAACUAUAUUGCUGCGCAACACAUGGCGCAAAUUCAGUGGAUGCAACAUAUGACACAGUUGAUGCAAGGAAAUAUGACCAAUAACAUGUAUGGAUAUUUUGUGCCACCAAACCUCCUCAACCAACAACAGAAUUUGAAUGAACCACCAACAAAUUUACAACCACCACCUGCAGUUCCUUUUGUACAACCAUCAGCCGCAGUUCCUCCUGUGCAACCACCAGCCGCAGCACCACCAGUACAGCAACAAGCUGUGCCAGUGCCUCCAGUACAACCAGCCCAAGAAAGGCAACAGAAUGCACCAGCUGAAAAUCAAAACAGGGUAAUGGAUGCUAACCCAGGUGGGGGAAUGGCGCAAGGCGAUGACGAUGAAGAAAAUGCACAACGUGAUUGGCUGGAUGUUGUUUAUAUGAUCGUCCGCGUAGGCAUGUUAAUGAGUAUAUUCUGGUUCUACUCCUCCUUCGAGAGGAUUGUUGCUCUGGGAUUGGUCUUUUUCCUAAUAUGGUUGAUUCAGUCUGGUUUGUUGAACUUAAAUCGGGCGCCAAGGAAUAGACAAGAAAUCCCAGUGAAUGCUGAUGAGCAGGAUGAAGUCGAUGGGGAAAGGCCUGGAGACGAAGCGGGCACUGAGGAAGGCGAGGUGGUAGAAGGGGACAGCGAAAGUGAAUCCGAAACGGGAGGCCAGGAUCUGACGAACACGAACAAUGACAAUAACGGUCCCGGCUUUUUUGUAGUUGUGUUUAAUUUUGUCGUGACGUUUUUUACGUCACUCGUACCGCAACAGCCGAGGCCCAUCGCUCAGCCUUAGAACUUCAAAAAAUAAGACAAAUACCCUCAUAUAUGUACAAAGAUGCAAAUGAAAUGUAGUAGCGCAUGUUGGGUUUACUUAGCCAUCAAAUUAUCACGUGACCAAAAUGAAGUAGUAUAUCUUAGGUUUACUUAGCCAUCAAAUUAUCACGUGACCAAAAUGAAGUAGUACAUGUUAGGUUUUUUAGCGAGCAAAUUAUCACGUGACCAAAAUGAAAAUUUGAUCGGCAAUACCAUAGUCAUUCAAAUAAGAUAUAAUUAUCUAUAACUAUAGUUGUAAUUGAGUGCUUUUCUUGGCUGGUGAUGUGAUAGUAUGCCAUGAUUGGAUGAACUUUGUAGUUUGACAUCGUUGGCAGUUGAAAUUGAUGUAAAAUAGAUGGAUUUCCUCGUGAACGUGGAUAUUGGAAGGAUUACAGUUAAGCGGACAACUUGUUUCGAUGACCUGUGAUUAUUUCAUCGUGUGUUUAGGUAAAAUAAAUUACCACAGACUUAGGAAAUUCAUUCAGGGGUGUAUCCAUAUAUAGGUAAAAUAAAUUACCACAGCCCACCGAUUGUUUAAAUUACAUUCUCUGGAAAUUCAUUCAGGGCGUAUCCAUAUAUAGUUAAAAUAAAUUACCACAGCCCAUCGAUUGUUUAAAUUACAUUCUCUGGAAAUUCAUAACCAAUAGCAUUUGUUGAAGUGAUAUUUCAAAUCCAAAGUAAGCAGGUAUAAUUUAUUUUGCCUAUCCGUUGAUCCGCUACUGGCAUUAUUUACCAUCAACAAAAGAUGUCCGCUGAGCUGCAAUUUUUCACAUCGUUCGUCACGCUCUAAUAACACCCUUAAUGAUUUCUAUAAUUGUAAAGAAUGUACAACAUUCGAAAUAUGAUGUAAAAUGAAAUAGAUUCGUGGACAAAAUAGCA